GAAGAAGGAAUUUCUGACACUCCCGAAUAUGGUUAGGUUCAAAAUUUAAAUGUUCUUGACAUCUAGAUUCUUUAUUAAUCAUAUAAGUAGUAGGUAGUUUCCUGAUUUAGAGAACUCCAAUAGGGUAAGGAUCUCAUAAUUGGAGAACACUUCAUAUUUGCAGCAUCACAAUGACUAUUUACAGGAUAUGCAUGGUAUCAGACUUCUUUUUUCCCAAUAUGGGUGGAGUUGAAGAACAUAUCUACAAUUUGUCACAAUGCCUGCUACUACAUGGUCACAAAGUUGUUGUUCUCACACAUAGUUAUGGGGACCGAGUUGGAGUUAGAUAUAUGACAAAUGGACUGAAAGUCUACUAUCUCCCUAUUAAAGUAUUUUAUAGCCAAUGUGUACUGCCGACUAUGAUAUGUAACAUACCUUUGAUAAGGUAUAUACUCAUAAGGGAAAGAAUUGAUAUAAUUCAUGGACAUUCUGCAUUUUCUGCACUAGCUCAUGAAGCAAUGUUGAUUGGUAACCUUAUGGGACAAAAGACUGUCUUCACAGAUCAUAGUUUAUUUGGAUUUGCUGAUGCUAGUGCUGCAAUCACAAAUAAAUUCAUUCAAAUAACACUUUCUGAUUGCAAUCACUGCAUUUGUGUUUCACACACUGGAAAGGAGAAUACAGUAUUAAGAGCCAAGGUAGAUUCUAGAAGAGUCUCUGUGAUACCAAAUGCAGUAGAUACAUACUCUUUCACACCAGAUCCUAGUCAAAGAACAAAAAAUCAUAUUACAGUCGUUGUUGUAUCAAGGCUGGUCUACAGGAAAGGAGUGGAUCUAACUGCUCAAAUCAUAGCAGACUUAUGCCUAAAAUACAAGGAAAUAUAUUUCUUAAUAGCUGGUGAUGGACCCAAACGAUGGUUACUAGAAGAGGUUAGGGAGAGAAGUGGCCUUCAAGAUCGAGUGACUCUUUUGGGUAGUUUGGAACAUUCCCAAGUGAGAAAUGUGCUUGUCAAAGGUGAUAUUUUUCUAAACACUUCAUUAACUGAAGCAUAUUGUAUGGCUAUUGUGGAAGCAGCAUCGUGUGGUUUGAAAGUGGUUUCUACAAAAGUGGGAGGUAUUCCUGAGGUCUUACCAAAAAAAUUGAUAUAUCUGACAGAACCUAAUGUUCCUGCCUUGAUGAAAGGUUUGGAAAAUGCGAUACGUGACUUGAAAAAAGGGAAGGUUGUUUGCCCAUAUGAAUGUAAUAUUCUUGUAAGGAAAUGCUACAACUGGGAAAAUAUUUCUUUGCGGACUGAAAUUGUUUAUCAGAAAGUAGCACAAGAGAAUACCAAAGAGUUGGCUGAACAUUUGUACUGUUACCUUUCUUCUGGUGUGUGGCCUUUUCUCCUAGUGGUUUCUUUAACUUUCAUCAUAUUGAAGAUUUACGAGUAUUUGGUGCCUCGAAAAUACAUUGACAUUGCACCUGAUUACAACCAGAAGACUCCUAAUAAAAUAGAUUAGAGAGUCUUGUAGUCUGAUGAUUACCACUGAAGUGUUCUUUCUCUGUAUGUUGUGUCAGGUAUUUAUCAUUCUUUUCUAUACACUUGAUUUUCAUGAUGUAAUUGUUGAUGGUUGACUGAGGAAUACUAAAGGAGAUGUAAACGUUUUCAUGAGCAUUGUUUCAGGCAUCAGCAUACUGUUUUGACCAAUAACUGUAUGGCACAUCCAUUCAAUGAGAAAAUACUGAAAAUAGUAUUAUGAAACUACAGUAGAUGCAAAUCUCAUGGAGUUAUCCUAAGUUUUUAUAUUCAUAAUUUAUUUAUUUAUUUUUCGCCUCCCUUUUAUAAUAGAUAAACCAGGUAUAUUUUGAAUGGUGGCUACUAGGAAUCAGUUUUGUAUUUUCUCCAAAAUCUCAAUUUUCAUAAUAUGCUAUGUUGGUCAAUCUGCGAUUGAAGGUCUAUAAAAAUAUCAAGUUUCCCCUUGAUUGGGUGAAAGUAUUGAAAAGGAAUAUUCUCAGAAAAAUUAUUAACAUAAAAAAAUGGAUAUAUGUAUAUCUAUUAAGAAAUACAUUGAGAAUUCGUAUUCUGUAUGUAAUGAAAAUAUCAAUUCUUUCUCGGUUUAUUCAACAGAAAACAACUACUUUCCUAGCGUACGGAGCUCCUCAUGUGUAUAAUAAUUUAGAUGACCAUCUGGAGAGAAUGUCAGUAAGUUCAUUUAAGACAAAUCUUGAAAAAAUCCUUCUGCCAAAUAAUUGAUCAUCAAUUUAUGAUAAAAAAUCAAAUAACUCAAUGAAUCUAUUUGUCCUCUAACCGAACAGAUUAACUCAUGAUAAAUAGCUAUAUGUCAUAAUAAAUAUAUGUCUCACAUUUAUCAAGAAUUUUUUUCCGCUAUUAUUAUUUCUUUGUUUUCAAUACAAAUUGUGGUUCUACUAUUAUUGUAUGCUACAUUGUUAUCUAUGUUCAUCACAUUAGUUGCUAGGUUAAAGUGUAGAAAAGUUAGAAAAUGUUCCCAAUAAAUUUUCAAAAUGCCGACCAUUGGCUUCCAAACAUUUCAAAAUUAUGAAAUUAUGUUGUAAUUCUACAAACGUCUUUCUGAUCAUUGGUUGUAGAUAAGGAUACGUUUCCUUGCAUUUUCUGCACGUUCUUGCUAUAAUUCUCUCACAUUUUCCAUGAAGAAUAAACAAUUUCAUCAGAACUUAGUUUGAAUAGUUAUUUUUCUUCAUUUCAAUUCUUUUUGAGUAACUUCCAUUGAGAAACACAAAGGUAUUAUUACUUAUGCACUAAUUGUCAAAUUUUCAUACUGCCAUAUGUACCAUCAUGACAAUGAAUAGCCACCUUAGAUGGAUAUGAGAAAAAAAAUUCGAUGUUUUUAGGAAAUUGCUCGAGAUUCUGGCUAUUUAGGUAUAGGAACAUCUCUCAGUAUAUUUCAUAAUAUUCAAAAAAAUGCACUUUCAACACUUUUUGUAUCUAGCAGUAAGAUCAUGAAUUUUGAACGACCCUGUAUACGCAGAACAAACUUCUCUCUACAGAAUCAAUAUACAUUCUUGAUUGACUAAACACAAAAUUGCAACUUCCUAAGAAUCCAAAUACCGCAGAAAUAAACAUUCAAUUCACCGUUAGAGAUAAGUAUCGGAUAGUAUGAUGCAGAAAUAAUCAGUGUGAUGAUAAGUUCAAAAAUGCGGUAAAAUACAGGGUGUCCCAUUCGAAAUAACAAAGAUGCUGCUACUUUCUGGUAUAAGCGGCAACGCUACAUUGCUGAAAAUAUUUUAGAUCGAAAGAUCAAGAUUAAUUACUUAAGUAACCAAAUUUUCAGAAUGAUCUUAUGUCCUGUUCUCCGUAAACGUCUAAGGUGCCAUCGACCGUGACCCACCCUGUCUCCAUUUUUUGAUGUUAAUAAUUCAUCUGAGAAUAUUCCUUUUCAACGCUAACAGUCAUGUUUAAAUUUUGCCAAAGAUCGCACUACUGAUGGGAACUUUUUUCAUUUCCUUUUGCGUCUUCUUACAAUAAAAGCAGGAAGUAUAACCCUAAAUGACACAAACCCUCAACUUACGAUUUUUAUUACAGUUGAUUCAUAUUUUAUGGACGCCGUUGACU